AUGUGCUAACAGUGCUUUUGUUGCCAAUUCGCGUUGUCGGCUGUGUUCUCUCUCUACUAUCUGCGUGGAUGUUUGCCUGUAUUGGCCUCUAUGGUCUAACAUUGGAUGAACUAAUGUCAAAACCAAUAACCGGUUGGCGAAAACAAUGUCAACGCGUAACCUCUGGUGCUAUGCGCACACUCUUUGCUGCUGGCACUUUUAUGCAUAUCAAAUUGACUGGCGAGCGUGCAUCACCCAAACAAGCACCCAUUAUGGUCGUGGCACCACACUCCUCUUAUGUGGAUUCGAUUAUUGUUGUAGCAACUGGACCACCGUCAAUUGUGGCUAAGCGCGAAACAGCCGAUAUACCACUGCUAGGCAAAAUCAUCAAUUUUGCUCAACCCAUUUAUGUGCAGCGGGAGGAUCCGAAUUCGCGUCAAAAUACGAUACGUCAAAUUGUACAACGCGCACGUUCCGAGGAUGAAUGGCCUCAAGUUGUGAUAUUUUCCGAGGGUACAUGCACUAAUCGAAAGGCGUUGAUUAAAUUUAAGCCUGGAGCUUUUUAUCCGGGGGUGCCGGUACAGCCGGUGUUGUUGAAGUACCCCAACAAAUAUGAUUCAUUCACUUGGACAUGGGAUGGACCUGGCGUCCUCAAGCUACUUUGGCUGACGAUGGCGCAAUUCUAUAGUCGUUGCGAAAUCGAAUUUUUGCCUGUCUACACGCCAUCAGAAGAGGAAAAAGCUGAUGCAAAUUUAUAUGCACAAAAUGUGCGCGAUGUUAUGGCGAAAGCACUCGGUGUGCCAACGUCAGAAUAUUCAUUCGAAGAUGUGAUUACAAUGAGUCGUGCCAAAGAUAUGCGUGUGCCCUACCCUGGUGAUAUUAUCGAAAUUGAACGUGUGCUUUACAGUUUGGGCUUCCUACCGGAUUCCGAACGUGACCAAGAAUUAGUCGCUGAUUUCCUUAGCUUACACAAUACUGACCGAUUAGACAUAUUUACUUUUGCUGAUUUGCUGCAACUCGAUGCCAAGAGUACGCAUCUACACCAGCUUUUUGCACUUUUAGAUCAUCAUCACAAUUACACAGUCAGCUUGAAGAGUUUUCUGUUAUGCUCACAAUUUUGUAAAUUAAAGAAUGAAGAGAUCAUCGUAUUUUUGCGUGCCAUAACGAAUGUAAGUUGCAUUUUUUUCUUGACUUAGUUUUAAUUUUAAGCUCAU